GCUUCGAAGCUCACAUACAGAGAUAUUCACAAGAGGGAAAGGACCUCCUGCUUUCAUUAAAGUCCAGGGAAAAGGCCCUGCUGGAAAGGCUUUCAGAGCCAGUAAAAUAUGAUCUUUUGAGAACAUGGGCAAGGUUCAAGUUAAGCCCAAAGUGAAUUUGUCUUCAUAUGUCCACUUUUUAUUAAACUGCAGGAACAAGCAUAAAGAACAACAACCAAAUGCUUACAUCGACUUCAAAGAGUUCUCCAAAAAGUGCUCAGAGAAGUGGAAGACAAUCUCUAAGCAUGAAAAGUCCAAGUAUGAAGCCAUAGCCAGACUGGACAAAGCACGCUACCAGAAAGAAAUGAAGAACUAUGUUCCCCCCCCUGGAAUGAAGAAAAGGAAAAGAAAGAAGAAGGACCCCAAAGCUCCCAAGAGGCCACCCUCAUCUUUUUUCCUCUUCAGUCGGGAGCAUUAUACAAAGAUCAAAAAUGACAAUCCACAGUGGUCUGUGGUAGAAGUGGCAAAGCUCCUGGGGGAGAUGUGGUCCAAAAAGUCAGAGCAGGACAAGCAGCCUUAUGAAGAAAAGGCUGCUAGACUGAGGGCCAAGUACCACCAAGAACUCAUGGCCUAUCGGGUUAAUCAUGAUCAGGGAUGUUCAAGGAAGAAGGGACCAGGGACCUCUGGCCAGUAUCAGAACAGAAAGAAAUCCAAGUCGGACAAGAGUGACGAUUAUGAUGAGUCUGAUUCAGAAGGCAACCUGGAUUAGACGAGACGAAGACGUGAAUGAGGAAAGAAAAAUAAAUGCCCUCGAACUGUAUAACUG